AUGUCAGAGAAAGAACAAGAACCGAUUUUAAAGGCAUCAGAUUUGCCAGAGGAGAUGCAAACUAGGAUCUUCGAGUUAUCCAAUGAGGCAGUUUCAAAUUAUAAGAUUGAAAAGGAUAUAGCCACAUAUUUGAAGAAAGAAUUAGAUCAGUUGUACGGAGCCACAUGGCAUGUAAUCGUUGGAAAGAGUUUUGGGUCUUAUGUGACGCAUGAGCAAGGUUUUUUCACAUAUUUCUACAUUGGCCAAUUAGCAUUUUUAAUCUUCAAGAGUGGAUGA